AUGUUUGCAUCGCUCUCCGAUAUGCUUGUGUGGAAGCCUCGUGGCUCCGUAUCAAAGCAGACUGCGUCGCAUCGAGCGCCCACCACCACGUCUGAUGACUCGAGUGACGACGCAUCUGAGUGUGAGAGCGCGACGUCUAAUCAGUCAGGAGCUCUCAAGUUACGUCGCUUGCAGUCUUGCCCGUCUUCUGUGUCGCGAAAAACUCGAUUAGAAACGCAGCCCGAGAGCGAAAGCGAGAGCGAUAACGAAUCUACGCCGCGUCCCGCGCUCAAAUCCGUUUACUCGUUUGCACGUGCGGGACUCUCGUCGUCCUCCAAACUCUUCUUUGUCAAGCCCCGCCCCACGCCGACGACACCAAUAGAUGCUAUGCCUCAGACACCGCACUCUCUCAGUAACGAUACUGUCGCAAAUCAGUCUCAGAACUUGAAGAUUGCGGGUGCGCGCGUGGCUACUCCGUUUGGGCUCGGCAAAAUCAUGGCAAUUCGAGACGACGACGGCAUCGCUGCUAUUGAACUACAAGCAUCGGAAUUGCUAUUCCUCAACCCCACAAAACUGGCGGACAUUCAGGUUGUUCCUGCACUUGUAGGCGAGUGCGUUCAGACGCCGUCCGGGAUCGGACGCGUUGUUAAGUAUAAUGUCCGGGAACAGCAGUAUACGCUGCGAUUAGCAGCAGGCGGCAGUCUUGGUGAAUACGUCGUAUAA